AUGGGGGAAGUAUUGGAGAAUGCAGAGACGGAGACGGCGGCGACGGUGGCGGCUGUGGCGGCGGCACCGUAUCUCCUUGACCUCGCGGGGGAGCAGUCGUUCGUGCCGCACACGUGGCUGCUACCGCGGUGUCGAGGAGUCGUGCAUCAUGGAGGCAGCGGGACCACAGGAGCCUGUCUGAGUGCUGGUGCCGUCCAAGUGGUCAUCCCGCUGGCGUGGGACCAGUUCUUCUUCGCCGAUCAGGUCGAGCACAUGGGCGUAGGCGUGAGAGUCCUGGGGACACGACCACCACAAAAGCAGCCGACGACCCGAGAACAUUAUUUGGAUCGAUCUGCGGGACACGCGAUGGGGAGUAUUACGACGACAACCACCACCACCGUCGCCCCCAUAGAGGCGGGCGCGAUGGACAACGCGGUCCGGCUGGCGCUCUCUGAGGGCAUGAAGACGUCCGCCUGUCGCUACAGAGAGAUCGUCCUUCAAGAGGCGGAGAGCGGCGUGGAAACAACGGCCUCAACUAUAGUGGCAGAGUUGAGACAGACCCCGACCGCCGCCAUCGGAAGAAUAUUACACGAUGGUUGA